AUGGAAAACAACGAACCGCGGUUCCACUGUGAUGCAAAAGACGACCAAGAACUCAUCCAAGGGAAGUGUUACGAACAAUAUGAAAAGCGAUUCAACAAACUUAGUAUUCCUGUAUACGCUUUUGUGCUUUUUAAUUUCUUUACCCCUAUGAUUGCUUGUGGAAUAUACUCCCAAUACGUCAAAUCAAGAAUUAGCGAACUCGAAGAACAACAGCAGCCUCUUCAACCCCGACAAGGAAGUCCGCCAAGGAAACUCUUCAAAGCGUAUUGUUUUCAGCUUGUUGUUAGAUUCCUACUUGGAAUUCUUUGUAUCUCCUUGCAAAAAACGGUAUUUUAUCCCCAAACCUUUCCUUCUAACUUCACUUGUGAUUUAAUGGAGAAAGACCAGCCAUCUGAGAAUAUCACACAAACUCAAACUUACGAGUGCCACAAUCAAAGAGCAACGUACAAAAACUUCUGGACUUACGCCGUGAUCGUUGUGAAUGGAAUUUUUGCGUUUCUUGUUUUAAUGGAGAUUUUCUAUAUCUUAACACGUGUAAUGAAAAAAAGGAGGUUAGUGGAGGACUUCCCAUUUUACGCUUUUCACCUUAGAUCACACGCCAGUGUUCAACCGGAGCAGCUUCAGCAACAAUCACCGUUCCAGGUCAUGAAAGACAAUAUCAUAAAAGAAACUGAGCGACUCAGGGAUCUUCAAUCACCCUUUCGUCCUAAUCCAGGUGAAGGUAAUACGCUACCCAAAGACUUAGAAAUCGACAAAAUUUACACCAAUCUGAUUAUUCACGAAGGCAGAGUUGAAUACGUCUUCCCUGAAGACAGGCAGGAACAAUUAAACGUAUAUCCCAAACCCAAUGAGAAUUCACCAUUAAUUCAACCGCGGGAUAUUAUUGAUGCUCACCACAAAAAUGUUCUCGUUGUCGGUCGUCCAGGGAUAGGAAAAAGUUUAUUUUGCAUUAAGCUUCUUCGGGACUGGGCAUCAGAUACAGAAACAGAAAAUUCCCAGUUGAACUUUGAAGCCGUUUUUCUUCUUAAAUUUAGGAGAAUGAACUCGAUAGAGAAACCGCUCACCCUUCGUGAACUACUGGCUUUUUCAGAGUAUUCACUUGGUGUGAAUGAGGAUGCUGUCUGGAAAUUUGUUCUCGAAAACCCAACUAAAGCACUUUUGAUUUUCGAUGGACUCGACGAAUUUAAAUUUAAGAUGAAUAUCGCUGAGUGCAGUGACUCUGAUCAACCUAACGAUGUUACCGCGAAGAUGUCAUUUCCUGCAUUGUACAACAAAAUAGCCUUGGGUAAACUUUUAUGGGGCGCCACAGUUUUAACUACUACAAGACCAACUGCUGUGUCAUUUGUUAACCAUAUUGACUUUGACAGAACAGUUGAAAUUCUUGGAUUUACAUCAGAACAAGUUGAAGACUGUGUUAACAAAUUCACAGCAGAUGAAGAAGAUCAGGGUACCGGAAGAACAAUUUGGCAACACAUCUGCAGCAAUCUUAACAUUUUUUCCAUGUGCUAUGUUCCUGUUAACUGUUUUAUAAUAUGCACAUGCUUGCUUCACGUCCUACAGACACUCAAGUCUAACGUAUCCACGAUUCUUCCCACGAAACUCACUGAGAUUUACAGCAUCGCCAUUAAGAUGUUCUAUUUCAAGCACUCCCGCAAUGAUUAUAAGCAAUAUCAGGGUCAAGCUGACUUCAUCCGUGAGAAAUUUGAGAACCUGCCCGGUGAUGUGAAAGACCAUUUCAAGCUACUGGGAGAAAUCGCCUUCACAGGAAUAAAAGAGGGUAGACUAAUCUUUGAAUCCAAGGAAGUUGAAGGAUUGGAGGAUUGCGGCCUGCUCCAUCGUCUACCUGACUUAUGCGCUUCAGCAGAUAAUCCAUUUGAAAAACCUAAAGCUCAGUUCUGUUUCAUUCACCUGACCAUUCAGGAAUUUCUCGCUGCCAAGCAUGUAGUGGAUACCAUGAGUGGAGAAGAGCUUCGAAAAUUUGUUCACUGUAGGAUCAAACAAGGUACAUGGCAUCUAGUUCUACAGUUUGUUGCUGGACUACUUGGUUUUAAGGGAGAAGAAUCACUUACACGCACGUUUGUUGACGCUCUUCCCUUAUCAACAGAAAGGUUUAAUGAAAGAGAACGGAAAGCAGAGUUUGACGAUGAUAAAGUUUUUGAUUCGAACGUUUGCAGUGCACUCAUCUCUUGGCCACUGAGUAGCGAUCGCAAUCUUGUUGUGGCCUUAAGUAUGUGCCUUUAUGAGAUUGAUGUGGACGAUCCAAUUUUACAAACCAAGCUGCGCCGCCAAAUCGGUUUUAAUGCAGCAGAUUUUAGUAACUGCCAAAUCGGACCUGUUGAAUGCUUAGGAUUAGUAAAUUUGCUUAAUAGUCACAGCGUAAUAAGCCUAGAUUUGACCAAUAACAAUCUUGGGCCAUUGGGUUGUAAACAGAUUCAGCCGCUGCUUGGAAUAAGUGACAAAAAAUGUAACGAUGCCAAACUUCGCGGAUUGAACCGUCAUGGUAAUAGAAUUGAAGAUGAAGGUGUGAGGCAUUUGACUGAAGCAAUCACUCAUAGUAACUGCAAACUAAACAGUUUAAACCUUUCUCGUAAUAGCAUAAACGACGAAGGUGUAAAGCAUUUGGCUGAAGCAUUAACUCACAGUAACUGCAAACUAAGCAGUUUAAACCUUUCUUCCAAUGAUGACAUAAGCAACGAAGGUGUAAAGCAUUUGGCUAAAGCACUAACUCAGAGUAACGGCAAACUAAACAGUUUAAACCUUUCUUUCAAUAUCAUAAGCGAGGAAGGUGUAAAGCAUUUGGCUGAAGCACUAACUCACAGUAACUGCAAACUAAACAGUUUACACCUUUCUUGUAGUGGCAUAAACGAAGAAGGUGUAAAGCAUUUGGCUGAAGCACUAACUCACAGUAACUGCAAACUAAACAGUUUAAACCUUUCUUCCAAUAGCAUAAGCGACGAAGGUGUAAAGCAUUUGGCUAAAGCACUAACUCACAGUAACUGCAAACUAAACAGUUUAGACCUUUUUUUCAAUUUUCGCAUAAGCAACGAGGGUGCAAAACAUUUGGCUGAAGCACUAACUCAAAGUAACUGCAAACUGAACAGUUUAAACCUCUCUCCCAAUACGAUAGGCGACGAAGGUGUAAAGCAUUUGGCUGAAGCACUAACUUACAGUAACUGCAAACUAAACACUUCAAACCUUCCUAGUAAUAAGUGAAUAUUAAGGGACACCAAAGGGGUAAAGCAUUUGGAUGAAGCACUAACUCAGAGCGGGGGCGAGCUUUUUUGGGAUCGUUUUUAGCAUCGGCGACGGCGACAGUGGCAAAAACGUCACUUUGAAAAGGCAUUCGCGUUUCUUCAAAGAUUUUCUCGUAAAUUUCUUAUAAGAGCCCGAGAAAACAAAUGUCAAAUUUCACAAAAUGACAUCUUACACAUGAAAUUUGCUGAAGUUUACCUGUGUUUUCACAAUUCUUGUGAUAUUUGACAUUUAUUUUCUCGGGCUCCCAUGAGAAAGAAAUAGUCUUUGGUAUUAUUACAGAUAACCAGAUAACUAAUUAUAACUAUAACCCUUGAAAAAUAUAAAAAAGAAUGCGAUGCGACUUUGUUGAAAUUAUUCUGGUUCAAGGUUUUUGUCUCCUGAAAAUUAAAAUUACUUAAUUUCCUGAUGGAUUCCGUCUUAAACCUCUUUAAUUGACUUAACGUGGGCCCAAUAUUUUAGGUGUAAAGCUUCUAGCUGAUGAGGCACUCAUUCACGAUAACUACAAACUAAACAGACCUAACUCUAUUUUAUUAUAGAAUAGUGGGAUCAAGGGGUAAGAUAUUUGGCUGAAUGAGCAGCUGCUCACAGUAACUGCAAACUAUAGCUACACCCUGAUUUUAGACUAGUUUCCGGUAUGGACAUACACUAACAAGCGAAGAAUACGGUCUGUGAUGGUAGAGUGACUGAAAUAAACCUCACUAAACCACUGAGCACUUGGCUAAAGCACUUACUCAGUAACUGAAAGAAAAUUACAUAAGCGAGAAAAGGAAAACGCUCGACUUUCUGAGUUUUGACUUGGAUAUGCAGUGAGGCCUACACUGAAUCAUUACCUCUUUUAUUAAUUUUGUAAUUUUAACUUGCGACAUUUAUUUCAAUUUGUAGCUUCUAUUACUGUGAUUAUAGUGCUAACUAAACAGUUUGCCUCGGUUUAUAAUCUAAAGACUUCGCUUAAGCAGUCACAGCCAGCUCAAACACUGAAGUAUUGAAGUUGUACAGCAAGUAGCUUCACUGAGUUCGCACUGACUGCAGAUAACUAAGUUUCUCACCAAUUUGAGAGAAACGGUUUCAUGGACUUUUCUUAGGCUUGUGAUUAAUUUGUUAACUGGUUUAAAGUUAAGACAUACAGUGAUCGGAGUUGCUUGUCGAUUGCUAGGUUAUACUAGAAAGAAAAUGCUAUGUUUAUAUAGUUCAACUACAGAACUGUUAUUUCUAGGGACAGAAUGUAAAAGUUGUAGUUGUGACUGUUCAAAUAAAAUCUUUACAGAAGUAUUAGAUUUUUGCUUUUAAUAAUGGCGCUCUUGGAAGCGAAAAGGCCACUAUCUAUCGCUACUUUGCAAAGUUUGAGCCAUAACGUUGAGAUUUCGUUGUUACUGCUAGCAGGGAAAUUAAAGUUGUAAUAUGACAACUGAUCUGUUCCAUUAGUAUUAAGUCCCCCCGGGGCUUAUUUAUUUCAAUCACUUUUGAGGGGGGGUGGGGACGUGGGUGGGGGGAGUAAAUAAAUUUAUUAAUAUGGGGUACCAUACUGCAACCUCCCUAAAAAACUAGGGCGCAAAGUGGAAAUGCUCAAGCACAUGACGUAAGAGAUCUUGCAACCAAGAAUCACAACAAAUCGGAACCUUCAGCAUAUCCAUAUGAAUCAGCCAUCUUUUAUUUAUUUGGUAGUGAAGAAUAAGGAGGUAGGGGAGGGGGGCUUUAAAGAGAGGGACGGCUUUAAAAAAACCUUCCUCCCCUAGAAAAAUGGGGCGGGGGGGGGCUUAUUUGUGAGGUGGGCUUAAAUUGGACUUACGGUAUUCGAAUUUCAUGGUUUACAGAGAAGUAUAACACUGGGAAACUUGAGAAAGACCUUCAUUUUCAAUCAAAUCUUUGUUAGGGUAGACGCCUUACAUGCCAAAAUGCAGACUCAAAAAGCAAAUUAUUAAUUUAGGCCGCCUCGUCUGUGCAGGUUAAAAGACAAAAUGGCGGACGGAUCAGGGUUCCCGUGCCCCCUACCCUGCGUUGAUGCUAAUCUUCAGGCCCCCGUUGUUCAAAAGGUGGAUAGCGUUAUCCAAUCGGAUGAUUCACUAUCCAGUUGAUAACGCAAUUAGUUUCCGUAAUACUUAUCCAUUGGAUAGCGAUUUAUCCGGUGGAUAGCGCUAUCCAGAUAAAAUUAUGGUAGGGGAACAAAAACAAUAUUCUUGUGGGGACAUGAACAGGAAAAAUUUCGCGGAGCAAGCCCGGGGAGGAGAAUUUCUGGGUGGGGAUGUGGGUGGGACCCUGGAAUUUCAGAUAAAUUUUUAUGGUAGGUAAACAAAAUCCAAUAUUCUUAAAAUCUUGUGCUAGUUUUGAAAUUAGUCCUAUUGUUAGACCCAAACCGCCUAUCCUAGAGUAAAGAACAGGCACAAAAAUUGAUGGCAGUAACCACCCCCGUAGUAAGCCCUUGUCUUGUAGCCUGCUAAAGUUCGGCACAAGAAAAAAACGGGCGCUUGUCGCUCGUUCCCUGAGUGCUUUCUGUCUUUACCGUAGAAGACCCCGGACUGAUACGCAUUUCAGUUCCUUCUACUCAAUCGCCGCAUGCCAAAACACUGCUGUUUCCUGUCUUUUAAAGUCCUCGCAGCCUCGACGACAAUACAAUGGGCAAUUGCUUAAGGACGUUUGAUUUUUUUACUUGUGUUAUGCAAAUAUUCAGUACAUCAGCUUUUAAGUAUAGUAAUGGCUUCCAUGCCAACUACAUAAAUGCAGUUACUCUUGUGUGUUUGUUCUUUGGAAGGCCUUUAAAAGAAUCUAAAUCUUUGUGGCAUUAUUUUGUUCAUUUUUUCAUCCUUGCUUCGUGUCAUUCCCAAUGUUAUUGUCGUCGUACUUGAAAUUCAUGUGACGAAAUCACUGUUGCAAACACCUUACUUGUAACUUUAGUUUGUGGCUUUUACAGUUUUGGAUCUUCUUCUUAGAGUGUUCAGUGGUUUUAAAGGCCUUAUGGGUCACAGAGUACAGAGAGGCCAAAGUAAGUUAGUAUGUUAUCAUGUCAUCUUAAGUAUGGCUCAUAAAACCCCAAUAUUUAAGAACUCUAGAUGAUUACCACAUUGCUUUUUUGGUAACUAUUGAAAUAAUGGGUUUUUAUGCAAACUAUUUCAGAGCUUUUACUAAAAGUAAGUUAGUAUGUCAUCAUGUCAUCUUAAAUAUCGCUCAUAAAACCCCAAUAUUUAAGAACUCUAGAUGAUUACCACAUUGCUUUUUUGGUAACUAUUGAAAUAAUGGGUUUUUAUGCAAACUAUUUCAGAGCUUUUACUAUUUUAAUGCCUUUGUCCCAAGACAUCUUUUGUCCAUAAAAUACUAUGUAGUGGACUCACGUAUAAUCUCUUGCUGCUUUUUGACAGUUUCUUGUUGUUACAGAUGACCUCAGUGGUGUGAUUCCUUAAGUAAUGUCACACAUAAGCCUGAACAGUACUUGCACUAUAACAUCAUCAAUCAUGAACCAACAUUAGUUUCAGUAACACAAUGAAACAUUCAUACUUUUGUACUGACAUCACUUGUGGAAGUGUCUCAAAUUAAGAAGAAUUCCCAUAGCCCUAUGCUGGUAAUAAUAAAGGAACAGUAAAAGAUCGUUGAUUUUAAGUCCAUACAAUUUUCUUACUGCCUCUUAAGGUUCUAUAUUUUUUUCUUUUCAAGAUGGAUGUCAUUUUAGGGACUUAAAAUAAUUAGGGCUUAUGGAAAAAUUCUAUAAUAUUUUGACGUCCAUAACCUUUUUCCUUUCCUUUUCUAUUCUGUGCUUUAAUUUUAGUGGCAUGCCCUGAAGUAUUGAAAAUACUAAAUGUGUCAGGCGCCUCUAGACUCAAACAAUUUAGCCUUUUAAACCCACUUAUCUAUUCUUUCUCUUUUCGAGAGUUGUUGCAUGGUUACUAAUGCAUGUACUGAGAAUAAAAUGCCUUAUUAUGUAACAAUGCAACUUUGAUUCUCCACUGGCAUGUUUACUGCUGGUCCCAGCAAAAUAACUCUCUCUUGUGCCGACACGUAAGGAAAGCUAUCCGGUAUAGUGUCGUCAUGCCUAAGUCGAAGUUUAAAGACUUGUGUUUUUGUUUUUUUGGCGCAUCAAGGCUGCAUUGUUUACCCGACUUCUCUCAACAGAUCUUAAGAUAUUUGGUUCUACAUGUAGUUAAAUAACAGAAAAGGCCAAUAUUAUUUUUUCGGAGUUUUAAAGGUAUUUGUCAUAAAAGCAUGCAAACUAGAAAACGAUUGAAGGAAGAAAUUUGAGCAAUUUUUUUUUAUCCUUUAUUUAUUUUCUAAAGCAAAUUUAAUAUUUAUAUAUAAUGCAAUUUGUGCUUUGGGAAAAAGCUUUUUCAUGCUGAAUUUCAAGGCUUGCAUGGUGCAACGACACAAUUGAGUCGUUACUGUUCAGUCAAAUGAAUUGUAAAAAAGCUGCUCUGAAAUCAAUAAGAAUAAAAUAAUCAAUUUUAUUUAACUGUCGUAAGAUAUCAUUAUCUGACAAAAACAGUGAAUUUAAUGUACAGUAAAAACCCACGAGUAAGAACCUAAGAUUUAAGAACCUGUUAGGCUACAAUUUGCAAUUCAGACCCCCUCUAUAUAAGAACCUCUUUAGCCUAAAAUUUGAAGAAAGGUUCUUAUUUUCAAAAAUCAUUUAAAAAUAUUUACUAAUAAUUUGCAAUUGCAAAAGGCAAGUUAGUACGUACAUAAAUGUUGUUCGAUUGAGGUCAUUGAGAAGAUGUUUAUAAUAUUGUGUUUUACAGCACAAUCAUGUAUAUAAAGUUGUUUUGACUGAAGAAAUUAAAAUUCAUGUGAGAAUAGAUCUCUAUUAUGGUCAUAUUAAAAUAUAAGCAAUCAUUAGGUAUGCAAAUUCAAGGGUGCUGAUCACUAAAUUCUUCUUAGCAACGACAUAAUUAAUUGCAAGAAAUUAAGAACCUAUUAAGAACCUAGAUAGCCUAAAUUUAUGUUAACCACCAUUUACGUAAGAACCUGUUUAGGCUAACCCUGGAAAAUGUAGGUUCUUACUCAUGGGUUUUUACUGUAUAAAUCUCUGUCUGGUAGAGUCUUGCAAGAAUAACCCAUUACCCAUCGCUGGAUCAAUAACAUGCAGUUCAACAUUUGUUGCUCAACAAAUGCCCAUUACUAUCGCUCAGUUUAUACAGCUGAAUCCAUGAAUGGCGAGAUAAAACGAUUCCUGUGUUCUGAUUUGCUACUCGAGCGGGCAAGACUGAGCGCUUGCGAUACCCGUCGUUGGUCUCGCAAGAAACCGUAAAUCCUUUAUUGACCAAGUUUGUUCCAUGAAGAUGGCUGUAUAUUGGCCUCGUUUGUUUUUACGUUCUUAUGGACCGAAACUUAGCCACCUUGACCAAUUCCAACAAAUGUUGAACAUUACAUUGCAUUUUCCAGCUAUUUCGAGAAAGGUCGGAAAAAUGUGCACGCAACAAUCCCGAAGGGUGAUAUAAGAUACGAUCAGUACCCUGUUCCUGACACUGUAGCUGUCGAAAAUACAGUCGACUCCCGAUAACUCGAACCCUCACUAACUCGAACCUCGCGCUAACUCGAACCAAAAUCGAUUUCCCCUGGAUUUCCGUCAUACAUUCACUGUAAUUUUACCCUCGGUAACUCGAACCCUGGAUAACAGGGACUCCCGCUAACUCGAACCAACUUUCGUUUCCCCUCAGGUCAUUUUCUAUAUAAUUUUACCCUCGAUAACUCGAUCCAUGUUUUGAGCCCUUAAAAAGUCGGGAAAGCCGUCUACUGGCGUCCGAAACAUUGAAUUUUGGACUUCCUAUUGAUGUGUUGUGGGGGUAUAGUUUACUAGUGGAGGCUGAUAUUGAUUGUCACAGGCUAACGUGAAGCAGCUUUACUUCUCAAAACAAUAAAACGCAUGCUCUAUUUAGGCUAUGGUUUGUUACGUUACGUUCUGAUUUAUAAUCUAGAAGUAUCUUUUAAUUUUCACUUGACAUUUCUACAAUUAAAUGUGAUUAAAAUGUUCACUGUGCAGUAAAAACUGUUUUUUACCUUACUCUCGGCUAUUUUCUUCGAGCUCCCGAUAAAUCGAACUUUUUUCGAUUUCACUUGAAGGUUCAAGUUAUCGGAAGUCGACUGUACUUUCCUUGCUUCUCCUUUGGUACUCCAAACAUACGUACUAUACAUGGCCUCUUCGUUAAAGAACAGUGAACUCAGAACUACCUCAAUACCUUUCAAUAUUGUUGUGUGCUCUUUUUCCGGAAUUCGAGUUACCGGGGUAAAUUUCAGAUAAAUUCGAGGAUUCGAGAUAAUUCCGAGUUCGAGUUAUGGAGGUUCUGUAUUUUUAGAUAGUCGACUCUUUCUCAAAUGGACUCCGCUGGGACUUGUGGAACGAAGGGUACAUCUUAGCGGUGUCCGCAUAGAGUCAAGAAACAGGACCCACGAAAGACAGGAUCAUUUCUAGGUGUCCGUUUUAGAGGUAUCCGCUAAGGCGUUUGACCACUUGACUUUCAAGCUGGGAGUUAUGGUUUUGGCUAGAUUUUUUUCAAAAGUCUUCUGCUAGGAUCAAUUUUUUUAGUAAUACUUUGGUGUAACUAUAAGUUUGUUUGCUGGAAAAUCCCCCCACCCCCUCCCCCUCCCCGUCCUUCCCAUCAAAAGUCCAACAGUCAGUCCUUGAGAAUGUUGAAACUCGACUGGGAUCACGUGUACUUUAGGCAUCUGGUAAAUGAAGCAAUCCGAUCUUCUAAUCCUUUGCCCUCCUCUGUUUUUGCUUCUGGCCAAUCCAGUGCGUCACAGAAAAAGGACAAGGGUCCAAACAGAAAAGAAGAAGAAGAGAAAAACAUUGUUUUAAACAUUCGCAUAUGCCAAAUUUACUUUGAAAAAACAUGAAAGUACACUUGAAAAAGAUUCAUUUGAAUGGUUAGACCACAGCACAACCAUAGACUCUGGCUGAAACGUCGCUACAACGAUUGACCCUUGAGAUAAAAAUACAAUUUACGGAUCACUCCUUCUUGAUCAUUAAUCACGUGAAUCUAACCGUUCGUUUUGCAAUUAAAUCAAACAACAACAAAGUCAGCAAAUAAACGGGAACUACAAAUUUCGCACUCACUGCUUAACAAAAAGUACAAACAAAGAAUACACUGGUACACUAAGUCUCCAGUAGUGAAAAGUGACAGUUAACUCAGAAACUCAAACAGAUUAAAACUGAUCCUCAUAUGCCGACUCGUUGAUAAGGCCAUCAACCCCAGUAAGUUUUGCGGAUCAAAUUGCCAUUGUUUGAAAAACUAUAUCUAUUUCCGCCACACCUUAUUCCAAUGCCCCAGACAUUUUCGAUUGAAGUCAAAAGUACAUCAUGGAAUCCCUUAGAGAACUUCUGGCGCCUAAAACAGUCAACAAGUUUAGUUUUACAGCAAAUGUUCUUUGGUUUGUGCUUGGAGUUGUUUUAUCGAGUGUCUUUUUGGACAUGGAAAACAACGAUCCGCGGUUCCACUGUGAUGCAAAAGAUGACCAAGAACUCAUCCAAGGGAAGUGUCACGAACAAUAUGAAAAGCGAUACAACGAACUUAGUAUUCCUGUAUAUGCUUUUGUGCUUUUUAAUUUCUUUAUUCCUAUGAUUGCUUGUGGAAUAUACUCCCAAUACGUCAAAUCAAGAAUUAGUGAACUCGAACAACAACAGCAGCCUCUUCAACCCCGACGUAUUGUUUUCAGCUUGUUGCUAGAUUCCUACUUGGAAUUCUUUGUAUCUCUUUGCAAAAAACGAUAUUUUAUCCCCAAACCUUUCCUUCUAACUUCACUUGUGAUUUAGAGGAGAAUGACCAGCCAUCUGAGAAUAUCACACAAACUCAAACUUACGAAUGCCACAAUCAAAGAGCAACGUCCAAAAACUUCUGGACUUACGCCGUGAUCGGGGUAAAUGGAAUUUUUGCGUUUCUUGUUUUAAUGGAGAUUUUCUAUAUCUUAACACGUGUAAUGAAAAAGAGGAGGUUAGUGGAAGACUUCCCAUUUUACGCUUUUCACCUUAGAUCGCUCGCCAUUGUUCAACCGGAACAGCAAAGGCAUCAGCAACAAUCACUGUUCCAGGCCAUGAAAGACAAUAUCAUAAAAGAAACUGAACGACUCGAGCUCAGGGAUCUUCAGUUACCCUUUCUUCCUAGUCCAGGUGAAGGUAAUACGCUUCCCAAAGAGUUAAAAAUUGAUCAAAUUUACACCAAUCUGAUUAUUCACGAAGGCCGGGUUAAUUACAACUUCUCUGGUGACAGACGGGAACAAUUAAAGGCAUAUCCCAAACCCAAUAAGAAUUCACCAUCAAUUCAAGCGCGGAAUAUUAUUGAUGCUCACUACAAAAAUGUUCUCGUUGUCGGUCGUCCCGGGAUUGGAAAAAGUUUAUUUUGCAUUAAGCUUCUUCGGGACUGGGCAUCAGACACAGAAACAGAAAAUUCCCAGUUGAAGUUUGAAGCCAUUUUUCUUCUUAAAUUUAGGAGAAUGAACUCGAUAGAGAAACCGCUCACCCUUCGUGAACUACUGGCUUUUUCAGAGUAUUCACCGGAUCUGAAUGAGGAUGCUGUCUGGAAAUAUGUUCUCGAAAACCCAACUAAAGUACUUUUGAUUUUCGAUGGAGUCGACGAAUUUAAACUUAAGAAGAAUAUCGCUAAAUGCAAUAACUCUGAUCAACCUAAUGAUGUUACCGCGAAGAUGUCAGUCCCUGCAUUGUUCAACAAGAUAGCCUCGGGUAAACUUUUAUGGGGCGCCACAGUUUUAACUACUACAAGACCAAAUGCUGGGUUAUUUGUUAAACAUCUCAAAUUUGACAGAACAGUUGAAAUUCUUGGAUUUACAUCAGAACAAGUUGAAGACUAUGUUAACAAGUUCACAGCAGAUGAACAAGAGGGUACCGGAAGGACAAUUUGGCAACACAUCAGCAGCAACCUUAACAUUUUUUCCAUGUGCUAUGUUCCUGUUAACUGUUUUAUAAUAUGCACAUGCUUGCUCCACGUCCUACAGACACUCAAGUAUAAUGUAUCCACGAUUCUUCCCACGAAACUCACUGACAUUUACAGCAUCGCCAUUAAGAUGUUCUAUUUCCAGCACUCCCGCAGUUAUAAGCAAUAUCAGGGUCAAGCUGACUUCAUCCGUGAGAAAUUUGAGAACCUGCCUGAUGAUGUGCAAAAGGAAUUCAAGCGACUGGGAAAAAUCGCCAUCACAGGAAUAAAAGAGGGUAGACUAAUCUUUGAAUCCAAGGAAGUUGAAGGAUUGGAGGAUUGCGGCCUGCUCCAUCGUCUACCUGACUUAAAUAUCGCCUCAGCAGCUAGUCCAUUUGAAAAAUCUAAAGCUCAGUUCUGUUUUAUGCACCUGACCAUUCAAGAAUUUCUCGCUGCCAAGUAUGUCGCCGACACCAAGAGUGGAGAACAACUGCGAAAAUUUGUUCACAAAAGGAUCACGCAAGGUGCAUGGCAUGUAGUUCUGCAAUUUGUAGCUGGACUGCUUAGAAAGCGAGAAGCAUCACUUAAACACAUUUUUGUUGACGCUCUUCCCUUAUCAACAGAAACGUUUAAUGAAUGGCGGGAACGGAAAGCAGAGUUUGACGAUGAUGAAGUUUUUGAUUUGAAGGUUCGCAGUAAACUCAUCUUUUGGCCACUGAGUAUGGAUCGCAAUCUUGUUGUGGCCUUAAGUAUGUGCCUUUAUGAGAUUGAUGUGGAGGAUCCAAUAUUACAAACCAAGCUGCGCGAAAUCGGUUUUAAUGCAGCAGAUUUUAGUAACUGCCAAAUCGGACCUGUUGAAUGUUUAGGAUUAGUAAAUUUGCUUAAUAGUCACAGCCUAAGAAGCUUAGAAUUGACCAACAACAAUCUUGGGCCAUUGGGUUGUAAACAGAUUCAGCCGCUGCUUGCAAUUAGUGACAAAAAAUGUAACCAUGCCAAACUUCGUAGAUUGAACCUUCAUGGUAAUGAAAUUGAAGAUGAAGGUGUGCGGCAUUUGGCUGAAGCACUCACUCAUAGUAAACUAAACAGUUUACACCUUUCUGGUAAUGAUAGCAUAAGCGGCAAAGGUGUAAAGCAUUUGGCUAAAGCACUCACUCAUGGUAACUGCAAACUAAACAGUUUACACCUUUCUGGUAAUGAUAGCAUAAGCGGCAAAGGUGUAAAGCAUUUGGCUAAAGCACUCACUCAUAGUAACUGCAAACUAAACCGUUUACACCUUUCUGGUAAUGAUAGCAUAAGCGACGAAGGUGUAAAGCAUUUGGCUGAAGCACUCACUGAUAGUAACUGCAAGCUAAACAGUUUACACCUUUCUGGUAAUGAUAGCAUAAGCGACGAAGGUGUAAAGCAUUUGGCUAAAGCACUCACUGAUAGUAACUGCAAACUAAACAGUUUACACCUUUCUGGUAAUGAUAGCAUAAGCAGCGAAGGUGUAAAGCAUUUGGCUGAAGCACUCACUAAAAGGAACUGUAAACUAAACAUUUUAAACCUUUCUUUAAAUAAAGCAAGAAACGAAGGCGUAAAGCAUUUGGCUGAAGCACUCACUCAUAGUAACUGCAAACUAAACAGUUUAAUCCUUAACUCUUUCGUUUUUAACAACGAAGAUGUAAAGCAUUUGACUCAAGCACUCACUCACAGUGACUGCAAUCUAAACAGUUUAAACCUUUCUAACAGUUUCAUACGCGACGAAGGUGUAAAGCAUUUGGCUAAAGCACUCACUCGCAGUAACUGCAAACUAAACAGUUUAAACCUUUCUUCCAAUUUCAUAACCGACGAAGGUGUAAAGCAUUUGGCUAAAGCACUCACUCGCAGUAACUGCAAACUAAACAGUUUAAACCUUUCUUCCAAUUUCAUACGCGACGAAGGUGUAAAGCAUUUGGCUGAAGCACUCAAUCACAGGAACAGCAAACUAAAUAGUCUAACUGUAUCGGCUUUUACCAAUGGAGGUAGAUGCUUAAGGUAUUUGGAUGUAGCAGCUGCUCUCAGUAACUGCAAACUAUAUAUUAUUAAUAUAACACAUUUAUACUCAGUCUAG